UUUUCAGGUGCCUAGGUAGAGUUGGAUGCUGUUAGUCAAAAAUCAGACACCUAUCUCGACGAUUCGAUGCCUUUCUGCGAUAGAAGGUUGUGUCUCGUCAAUUCCUCGUCCUAUGCAUCUAAUAGAAAGAGCAACAGCAGUUCCAUUCCCUUUGUGUUUUUGCGCUCGGUCUGGCCCCGAAUGUUCCCAGUCCCGGGUGACCAACUGGACUCGGAAAACAUGCAGCAUGCUACUCGACUGUGCAAACGCUUAUUCUUUCUUCAAGCUGGGCUACCGGAGUCCACAAGAGUCGUGGUAUUCCUGAAUGUUUCUGUUUUUCGUAUGCCAGCAAGGAAUUUGCAGUGCUCUGUGUGCCCGUGGCGACCGGGACGAGUUGGUUGGGCAACGGAGUGUGUGCAGAGGAAUGCGACACUCACGGGGAAAUUUUAGACCAGUUCGGAACAGCCACCGUGCCCUUUUCCCCGCUUUCCCCUUCUCACGGAAAUACCCGAAACCUGCCGAACGCCGGUGCUCGAAUAUCACUUCUCGUGUCGCUAAGCCACACUUCGACGUUUCGCAGUCCACUACCCUCUUGACGGAAAUGGUUUGCACAGCGUAGAAAAAAAAAGGAAACGUCACGCAAGAAGCGCUUGCACUGGCCGCAAAGAGUUUUUAAAGGGCAAACUCGGGGAAUCGCUCGAGGCGACUGCACCGGGCGCCCACGCGCCACGUCCCGAGAGGCCGCCAGUUCUGGCUGGCAGAAAUUCAAGUUGGCUGUGUACAUUCACGAUCGAUUCAGGCCAGCGAUAUUGCCCUGCCACGCAGGUCCACCCCUCAGCUGGCUGUCGACAGAGGCUGCGAACGCGCCGGAGAGUGGUGAGAUUUCCUUUCAGCGAAUUUUGUGAUCUCAAGAGCGAGAGGCACAACUGUAUUUGAGAACUUUUGCUUUUUCAGCGUUGCACGAGUUUUAAAUCUCGGUGUGACUGUUCGAAACCCUGUCAUUUCCCUCCGAGAAGAUCGGUCGACGGCGCGCGGACAACCGCGUGCGUAAAAGGUGUUUGCUAUUUCGCCGGGGAGAAAAGCGGCCGUAAAGUCGGAAGACUUGCCAGACGAGACGAGAAACUGGGUGCGGCACGGCAUUUCAUCAUUCUGUAUGUGUUGUUUUCCAUUCGAAGAAAGUUUUGUUUCUCGCGGCAGAGGGAAAGGCGCGCACCGAACCUGCCCGCAGUUUCCGGUACAUCCACGCACACACUUCGGUGGCUGAAACGCCGCGAUUGUUCCGUUCUUGUGUUCGCGACUUCGACUCUCUGAAUCGCUCCCCCACACAUCUUUUGUUGUCGCCCCCUCAACUUUUUCGCACUUUUUCGAUUCGAAAUGGGAAACGCGUGCAAGAAGAACACGGCCAAGACGCCGACCCGGAAGGAGGCGGAGGACCUGGCUGAGAAGGAGCGGCAGGAGCGGGAGGCGAAGGAGAAGGCUGAGGCUGAAGAGAAGGCUCGCGCCGAAGCGGAGAAGAACGCAGCAGACAAAGCGGAGGCUGAACGUAGAGCGGCAGAGGCGCGAGAGCGCGAAGAAUCAGCCAGGAAGGAGGCGGAGGCUGAGGCGGCCCGCAAGGCCGAAGCAGAGGCGGCUGAGGCCGAGCGCCUCCGGAAGGAAGCAGAGAAGAAAAAGGCGGAGGAGGCGAAACGCAAGGCGGAGGAGGAGCAGCGCGCCGCAGCCGAGGAAGCGGAGCAAAGAGCGCGGGAGGAGGCCGAGCGCCGCAAAGCUGAAGCUGCGGCGGCAGCGGAGCGCGAGCGCCAGAUGCAGGAGGCGCUGAAGCAAGAGGAAAUGUCACCGAGAGAGAAGUACGACAAGUUAGCCAGCCCCGAAGACUCCGCAUCCGAGACCACGAUGGCGACACAGCCGCAGAAAGUCGCCGAGCACAGCAGCGCGGCGGUCACAGACAGAUCAGUGGUGGGGUACACCGUGACUCCAUGCGACAUGGCAUCAAUUGACGAGACAGCUAAGUACUUGUCAAAGCGCUGCGGUUGCGACCUAGGCGACCAACACGACGAAAACGAGUGCCCUAUUUGCCGCCACAUCGACUUGUCGGAUGCACCCUUGUUGAACUGAGUGCGUAACUGUUUCUGUGUUUUUCUACUCUACGGCCCCGGCUUCGGGAUCUGUGUCUGUAUAGCGUGCGCUUAUAAACGCGUAAACUUCGUGUUUAAGAAAGAUUAGCAAGGGUUAGGACGGUGAAGAAGAGUUUGGGACCGUGUUUUUUCGACAAACGUCGGGUUGCUAGUAUCGCACGUAGGUGUGCACUACCCCGCUCUCCAUGUAGGCGUAGUCUGUGUAGCAACAGGACGGUUGGCGGCAAACAGAAAGGGAGGAAAUUUCUGCGGGUUCUUCGAGUCUGAGCUGUCGCGAAAAGCUCCAAAAGCGAACUGGCUCCCCGCAGUCUAUGGGGGACGCACCCGCCGGUAGGGGUGAAGUGGCUCACAGGCUUCGCCCGCCUGUCCGUACGUGCAGGGCAGAAUCCUGCCCGAACGUGAGAACAACCGUCAUUCCCCGUCGUCACAUAGUUCUUUUUCUCGACCAUCCCCACGUGACACCACUGGUGUGCGAAUGCGGCGCAGCGUUCGACUGUCUUCCGCGAAAGGCGAUGCUUACAAACGCACGCUCGCAUGACAUACGUGCCGUAAAGAGGAAACCCUUCUAACAUCCCUUCCGGGAGCUCCCAGGAUCUGAUGAAAAACACAGGAGGCACUUUCCAGUCCAGUUUGUAGCGGGACAUCGUACAUAUUCUGAAGAGAAUAGUUGCGGAUGUUCUUAAAGGUUGAUACCGACAUAGAAGAAAUAUGCAGUGUGUGGUUAACGUUGAAACCGUGGAUGACAGUCGUGGAGAGCUUCCCGCUUGAAUUCAUAAUCGUGUUAGAUGGUGUCGGAGUCGUGUAGCAGCAGCCCCGCUGUCGGUUGAUUUUCGCUUCGCGUAAAAGAGUUGUAGAAUUCGGGGAGACUAGCGAACUUGCAGCUCUUCCUGCCCAGUGACUUCGAAAACGGAAGGCCCGAUACAAUAAAGAGUGCCAGAGCAAGAGAAGGCGACAGAGGGAAAUCCUGCUGCACGAAAGGGGCCCACACAUGAAGUUGUUCGCUGUUCCAGACGUUUGAAGGAUCCACUUCUUAAUGCAUCUAUUCUGUUGCAGUAGUGGGGGGGCAGUCCAUGAGUCAGCACAACAACUUUUGCUCAUAUUAGCUCCUGUGCCGCCACUCCCCAGGAAAAGCUUCCACUUUCCUGCGGAUCCUAUAUUCGCCAGUGCACUUUCUGCAGGGAAGUGCCGCGUGCAACUCCUCACGUAACAUGGGCAGUAGAAUAUGCAUUCGUUGCGUCCUCUAGUCGGUGGGUAUCAGUUGCUCUUUUCUCGUUCAGUCUUGGACUGACUUCUUGGCAAACACUUUUUUUCAAAGUGUAUGACUUUAGCUGUUUGAUGACAACGUACAACUGUUGUUUUCAAUCAUCACAAGAUGUUACUACAUCAUAUAUUGACUACCCGGCAAGCUGUAACGCUUUACGCACUACCGGCCUACCUUUUGCAUGCUUUAGUUCCCCCAUGUUUUGGCUAAGAUAGGUUUCGUAUCCUUGUGCUUCGAGCCUACAGGCUAAACUCCUUCAUUCUCGGAGAAGAGGGAGGCCCGGACAUCGUGUAUCGGCCAGCGAAAACAGAACCUGGAACGGUUUUAGUGUGUUGUGGGAAUGAAGUAUUCUGCCGGGUGUUCUGUUCCAUUUUCGUCUGGCACCGUUGAGAAUCUGUGGCCAGGAACUAUGACAGAUGAGACAUGUGGCGCACAAAUGCCGCACAAGAGA